CCAAGAUGGCGAAAUUCAGCUACGGAGCGCUAGCUGGACGGUUUUUCCAAACUGUUCGUGUAAACGGUGGUAUAAAGGGCUGUUUCUGGAAGAUCCUGCGAGGAGAUGAUCUUCGACUAGGUGUGCUGGUUGGAACUGACAAGUUUGGCAAUAAAUACUUUGAAAAUGAGAAAUAUAUUCAGUCGAGACACCGUUGGGUAGAGUACAGACAAGAUAAGUACUGGAACCUGGAUGCCAGUAUGGUCCCUGCUGAAUGGCAUAGGUGGCUACAUCUCAUGACGGAUGACCCACCCACAACGGUCCCUCCCACACCGCGAAAGUUCCUCGCCGACCACACCUAUAAUCUAUCAGGCACCAAAGGCCGAUACGUUCCGUCCACCACAACACCCAAGAAAAUACAUGAAUGGGUGCCACCACAAAACAACUAAAUGGAUGUACAAUCUUUGUAGUACACCUAAUAACAGUCCCAUUUAUGUUUAGGAAGUUUUAAGAAUAUGGCACCAAAUGCCCAUUUAAUAAUUGCUUAUAAAUCAUUGAAGCAGGUGUUCCAACCUUAUCCAAGUCCAAAUAGUUGGGUGUUGAGUAAAUUAAGCCCUUGUCGAAACGAUGGCUUCGGAUUCGGCUCAGGCUAGCUUGGCCCCGCUAAUUGAUUUGACAAUUGCGCAUGCUUUGCGUAUACGCACUCAGGGGUUCAAACGAGAGAAUAGAACUUCAAGCCGAAUCCAAAGCCGAAGCCGUGGUUUGGAAGAGGGCCUAAGAUUAUAAUACUUUGGCACAUUUUGGAAAAAAGCUCCUUCAACAGCAUUGAGAUGUUAUAAUAAAUACAUUUUCAAAGUUCAGGUUGUCUCCCCCCAUCCCCCCUCCCAAAAAAAAUCACUGUUAUUUAUUAAUAGAAAACGGCUCUGGCAUAAAACAAAACAGACAGGGCCCUUAUAAGUUUGUGCAUGGAAAGGAUAUUUAGUUUUCAAGGUUUGCAUGAAGUGUGACCAUGUGCUGUGGGGAAAUUUUGUUCAUUAGCAGUAAACAUGGCUUUGGCAUUGGACUACAAAGGCCUAUUCAUUCAUUCAUUGUGCCCCAUCAGAUCCAAUACGACUCUCUAAAUAUUCAUGCACGACGUCAUCAUUCUAGCCUGAAGGGAGGCCAUCGGCACAGUCACUGCAACUAGGAUCGAAGGGCUGCUACUGGCGGUGGCAUGAUGUGAGCCGAUGGCCUUAUUUUUGGCUAGAUUUGUGAUGUCAUGCAUGAAUAUUGGAUGUCGACCCUGCGGUGCUCAUUUGGGUGAGCCCCUGACAAGAGCUAAUCGAACAAUCACACUCGCCCUCUGGUGGUGACGUCAUACACCUUUGGCCAGCCCCAAAGGACCCGUUCCACAAGCAGAGCAGUGGGGGCUGACCCAGGUGAUCCCCUGGAAUGACACACAGCUAUUCGAACGUACUGGGGGAAGACCGGGGCUGACCCGGGAAGCUAAUCGAUAGCACCCAUUAAGAGAGGCAUAUAGCCAAAGUCUCUCUAUUUGAAGAAAGUUUUAAGCAUUCGAUCACAGUGAAAAACACAUGUUCGAACAUUGUAAAUAACAUUGUGCACUCAAAACCAAAUCCGAUUGUAUAUAAAUAUUGAUUGAUACAAUAAAUAUUUCAGUUUUGAUUUCAAAAAAA